ACCCUCUUUUCCGUACUAACAAUAAAUCUUGUGCAUAUAUAAUUAACUCGGCCGACCUUGCGUCUCCUGCUGUCUAGAGCCUCUGCAUCUAAGCGGGGCUGGUGAAGAUCGCAGCUUAGACUCGCACGAAGGCCGGUUUCUGCCCCAAACCGCCAAUUUCGAAAUUUUCCCUCGUGUGGCUACAAAAUUUGGACUUUUUCAAGCUUGGCGAAAUCUAGGGCUACCGAUGAAUCCGAUCACGUUCAUUUCUCUAGCAGUGUCCUUGCUACUAGGCCUACAGCUAUGGGGAUGGCUGUCCCCACGCCGAUCGAAAUUGCCGCUGCCACCAGGCCCGAGCUUUGUGUCAGGGCCGAUGCCCGUUAAUGACAUCGCCAGGACGUUUCAAAUAUGGUCGCGAAAGUUUGGGCCGAUUGUACAUUUCAAACUGGGGGGCCAGAACUUCAUCGUGCUAGGCACUCGCCGGGCGGCUCAAGAUCUCCUCGAGCGGAGAGCGAGCAUAUACAGCUCGCGUCCGCCGUCCAAGUUCCUGGACAAUUACCUACACAAAGGACUCGCGUCUGCGUUCAUGCCCUACGGCCCCCAGUGGAAGCUUCAUCGGCGGCUGUCAUCAAACCUACUCAGUGCGAAGGCAUCGAACGCAUACCAAUACCUGCAGGAUGUCAAAAGCAAACAGCUGCUGCAUGGGUUCUUGUCAUCCAAUGACUUUUCGGAAGCUUUCCUGCGGUACACAUCAGAUGUCAUGUUUACCCUCGUUUACGGGAAAGGAAGAGGUAGCGACGAUGACGAUCACAAACGGCUGCACCAGAUCAACGAGAUGGCUGUUUUUGUUCUCCAGAAGGCUUCGUACGGCAUGCUACUGCUCGACCUUUUCCCUUACCUUGAUUGGCUUCCCAAGUUCCUCCUGACAUGGCGGGAUAAGGCGCAUGAGCUGCAUGAGAAGACGAAGGACGUGUACACCGAAUGCUCCAACAUUGCGCUCCAGGGCGACUGCUGGAACUGGAGCCACGAGGCUCGGCAGAGGAGUGAAGCCAGAGAGCUGCCCUGGGACGUGGUGUGCUACUCACUCGGUGAGCUCUACGUGGCCGGCAUCCACACCACCAAGAUGGUCUUGGAAAUCAUGGUCAUGGUCUGCAUUCUGCAACCGGACGUGAUGAAGAAGGCACAGAAAGAACUCGACUCGGUCGUCGGCGCAGAUAGGAUCCCAUCAUUUAGCGACAUCGAAAGCUUGCCGUACAUUCGCGCGCUGGUCUCGGAGCUUCUGCGCUGGCGACCCAUAUCUGCCAUCGGAGUUCCUCACGCUGUCACCCAGGACGACGAGUACAUGGGCUACUUCAUCCCCGCAGGAUCCACGAUCAUUGCCAAUCAGUUGGGGAUGAACGAGGAUGAAGCGAUCUUUGACAAUCCGCGAAGCUUUAACCCGGAUCGAUAUCUUGAGAACCCGGAUCUUCCGGUUUCCGCGUUUGGGUUUGGCCGACGACUAUGUCCAGGACAUCAUUUGGCACGGAAUAGUUUGCAUCUUGUCACUGCACGCUUGCUGUGGGCAUAUGACAUCUCCCCGGUCGAUGGCAAGAUUGGUGACCCCUUGAACCCCGCCUCUUUCAAAGCCAACUUCCACGCUCGAGCCCCUGGACAGGAGAAAGUAAUCGAAAAUGAGAGCGCCGUGGCUGACCGGGACGAAAAGGCCAUAAUGGAGAAGAUCAAAGACAAAAUCCGGGGCGUGGAUUCAUAGUCAGGGAUGCUACCGGUGGAUAUUUUAGUGAUACUGAUGUUGAACGAUACAUGAGCAAGCUGAAUAGUAUAAUAUGGAGCAAGGGUGAAUACACGUCCGUUAACGUUGACUAUGAGCCAGUCUCGACUGCUCUAAGAGUGUGCCUGAGGCGGGGCCGUUGCGCGGGCAACCAAACGUCAACAUCGCGUCUCCAUACCUCCCCGGCUCCAGUCCUCCCCCUAACCCACUUGUAUUUUAGCGACAUUCUUCC